CUCGGCGGUUAACAUAUUCAUUUAAAUUCUGUUAGAGUUGUAACUUUUGCUCAUCAACGCUAAGUAAACGUAAAAAAUAUGAAAAUCACUGAUCACAUUUUUGUUGCAUUAGCAAUAUUUUGCACUUCUUUUGUGAAAUUUUCCGUGUCGACAGGUAGAAUAAUAGUAGACAUUUACUAUGAAAAUAAUUGUCCAUACUCAAAAAAAUUUAUAAGGGAGCAACUUGAACCAAAUUACGAAGAAAUAAAAGAUUUCAUCGUAUUGCAUUUUUAUCCUUUUGGACAUUCAGAAAGUGUGAUUAAUGCUGACGGAAGUAUUACAUUUACAUGUCAACAUGGGCCAAACGAGUGUGAGGGAAAUAUGUUCCAAACUUGUGCGUUAAACAAUGCUAAAACACAAGAUGAAAGAGUGGCAAUCGUUUUUUGUGCAAUGACCACUGUUUCCACUAUCCAAGAAUGCAUUUCAAGCUUGCAACUGGAUGGUGACGCAAUAGAAGAAUGUAUGAAUGGACCUGAAGGAAUUAAACUUCAACUUGAAUAUGAAAUAUUAUCAGAAAAGCCUGUCAGCGAACUUGGUGGAGUUCCUGCCAUUGUAUUCAAUAAGACAAUUGAUAAGGAAAAGGAAACGCAAGCUUUGGAUGACUUCAGGUCUGUUAUAUUCGCGAUGAAGUCAAAUUAACACGAAAAAGUCAUUUAAACUACCAGAAUCAUGACUGUCGAGUCGAUAUUUGAAAAUGUAUUGGAAAUUUCUCAAAUAAAAUUUUUAUUGCCGAGUGAAAAGUUCAUCAACUUUUUUUUAUUUAACUGUUGUAUAAUAAUUACAAUAUUUGUUUGCUUGUUAGAUACAGUUUUUUAGUUAUUUAGUUCAUAUUUUAACAUUUCUAAUUCUAAUUUCAUUUUUUUAAUAAUGAAUCAGUU